AUGGGUCGCGUUAGGACAAAGACCGUCAAGAAAUCCGCCAAGAGCAUCAUUGAGCGAUACUACCCAAAGCUCACUCUUGAUUUCGAGACCAACAAGCGCAUUUGCGAUGAGAUUGCUAUCAUCUCUUCCAAGCGCCUUCGCAACAAGAUUGCUGGUUACACUACCCAUCUGAUGAAGCGUAUCCAGCGUGGCCCAGUCCGCGGUAUCUCCUUCAAGCUUCAGGAGGAGGAGCGUGAACGCAAGGAUCAAUACGUUCCAGAGAUCUCUGCUCUUGACAUCUCCCAGACCGAGAGCGGCCAGCUCGACGUGGACGCCGAUACCAAGGACCUCCUCAAGAGCCUCGGAGUAAGUCUAUGUUCUACGCAACUCAUGCUGGCAUCAAUGGCUAAUUUGGAUCCUUUCCCCCUUCAGUUUGACUCUCUUAAGGUCAACGUCACCCCAGUGUCUCAGCAAACCCAGAACAUUGAUGGUCGUCGUUUCGACCGUCGUUAA